AUGGACACAGCACCUUUGCCGCUCUUCAGCUUCGAUAGGAAUGAGCUACAGAGACUCCAAAGCGCGCUGCCGGCCGAUCUACAGUUGCUGCGGCUUCGACUCCGCUUUGGCUUACCCGUUCGUGUGCAGCUUGGCCAGAGGUUUCGUGUUGUGGUCGACAUUGUGGACGAAGUGGGGCAACCGUUCCCCAAGCACUUCGCACCUCCAGAAGGGGUCGACAUCGCUCUCACUUCUGGUGACAGUGGUAACCAGGAGAGCGGCUCUAUGGACUCUGAUGAUCUCACUUUGGAGAUCGAGGAGCAGGUUUCUCCUGCCGCUGCUGAUAGACAAACCAAGUGGCUGUUCUGGGCUUCGGUGCAGGGCUCAACGUCCUCGGUCAUUGACGCUUGUGUCAGUCUCAGCAUCAUGAUGAAGCAGACAGCAGCGCUCGGGGGUGAUCCAACCAUGAAUGACCACCGCCGACUGUUGUUGCAGACGUUCUGCGUCGGUAGUGCGUGGCUCAACGAACGCGUGCUGGUGCUUCCGCUUCAAGUUCAGCUGCAGGUCACGAACGCUCGCGACUCGAGCGCUUCCAGCCUCACCAGCACAUUUUGUCAGCGGCUUUUUCGUUCCACGCCGUCCAAAGUCUCAGCUACAGGACGCCCCACAGAUGAAGGAGGGCUGUUGAUAGUGGAGGAACACUAUGGUGACGCCAUGGGGGCGCAUGUGUGGGACGCCUCAAUUCUGCUCAGCUGGGCAAUGCUUCACGCUAGCACUCGAGCUCCAACAUCUCCGGGGCAAGCCGACCCAGCGGACAGCAACCAAACAAUGCUCGAACUUGGCUCCGGGUGUGGGUUAUUUGCAGCAGUACUGGCUAGGUUUCAAUGCUCGCACCAACACGUUAAGGCCGUCUUCACGGAGAAGCCUGAGUGCACGGGCCGACUGCAGAAGAAUCUUGACCGGAAUGGAUCUCCACCAUCAGCAUCAGUCCUAGCACUUGAGUGGGGCACGCCAUUGCCAAGUCCGUUGCGAGGUGCAAACGUCCGCGUCGUGUUCGCUGCCGACGUGCUGUACAACUGGGCCGCGCACGAAGUCUUCCUCGACACACUCGACCAACUGGCCGAAUCCGAUGCCAAGCUGGAGGUGCUCGUAGCUCAUAAACGACGCGGAAAAGCUUCAGCCGAGAGACUCGACGCUCUCGCAUCGGAUACAUUCGAUCCUGCUGCACACUGCGUCAUCUCAAGCGACAAGGCCGGAUGUCGAUGGACUCAGUGGCGAGUCGACAAACUCGCUUCACUUGGUCGCGUUGACCUAUUCCAACUUUCCCGUCGAUAA